AACAUAAUAGAGAAAGAUUAGAGAAUGAAGUCUUUCGCGGCAAAGGUGGAAGAAGGAGUGAAAAGGGAAGAUGCGAAGCCAUCGGUAGGUCCGGUGUACCGGAAUCUUUUGUCAGAGAAAGGUUUUCCUCCUCGUCAUUCUGAUAUCACCACUACUUGGGACAUUUUCAGUAAAUCUGUGGAGAAAUUCCCUAAUAACAAGAUGCUUGGAUGGCGUCAGAUUGUCGAUGAGAAGGUUGGACCGUAUAUGUGGAAAACGUACAAGGAAGUGUACGAAGAAGUUCUGCAGAUUGGCUCUGCUCUACGAGCCGCCGGAGAUGAACCUGGGUGUCGAGUGGGGAUCUACGGAGCAAAUUGUCCUCAGUGGAUCAUAGCAAUGGAGGCCUGUGCAGCUCACACUCUGAUCUGUGUACCACUAUAUGAUACAUUGGGUCCCAGAGCAGUUGAUUAUAUCGUUGAUCACGCGGAAAUCGAUUUUGUGUUCGUCCAAAGCACCAAAAUUAAAGGACUUCUUGAGCCAGAUUGCAAAAGUGCAAAACGACUAAAAACCAUAGUUUCUUUCACAAAUGUGAACGCGGAACAGAGCCACAAGGCUUUAAAUAUUGGAGUCAAAGCAUAUUCUUGGCUCGAUUUUCUUCUUAUGGGACGAGAGAAGCCGAAAGAGACAAACCCGCCUGAACCGUGUAACGUGUGCACCAUAAUGUACACGAGCGGCACGAGCGGUGACCCUAAAGGUGUUGUUUUGACCCACGAAGCUGCCGCGACUUGCGUUGUUGGGAUGGAUCUCUGCAUGGACCAGUUCGAAGAAAAGAUGACACCUGACGAUGUAUAUCUGUCGUUCUUACCGUUGGCUCAUAUUCUUGACCGUGCGACUGAAGAAUACUUCUUUCGAAAAGGCGCUUCCGUUGGCUAUUACCAUGGAGAUUUGAAUGCGUUACGCGAUGAUAUUCAAGAACUGAAACCGACUUUUCUGGCGGGAGUUCCGAGAGUCUUCGAGAGGAUCCAUGCGGAGAAUCAGAAGGCUCUUCAGGAGCUUAACCCAAGAAGAAGACUCAUCUUCUAUGCUCUCUAUAAAUACAAACUUGCGUGGAUGAAUCGUGGAUACUCUCACAGGAAAGCUUCACCCAUGGCUGAUUUCAUAGCUUUCAAAAAGAUUCGAAAUCAAUUAGGAGGUCGAAUACGGUUGCUAGUAUCUGGGGGAGCACCAUUGAGUCCUGAGAUCGAAGAGUUCUUGAGAGUUACUUGUUGUUGCUUUGUCAUCCAAGGCUAUGGUCUAACGGAGACGCUUGGAGGAACGACAUUGGGUUACCCGGACGAGAUGUGUAUGCUAGGGACCGUCGGUAUUCCGGCGGUUUACAACGAGAUACGGCUUGAAGAGGUGCCGGAAAUGGGCUAUGACCCAUUGGGGGAAAAUCCGGCAGGCGAGAUCUGUAUCAGAGGAAAAUGUCUGUUUUCUGGUUACUACAAGAACCCUGAACUUACAGAAGAAGUCAUGAAAGACGGAUGGUUCCAUACAGGAGAUAUAGGUGAGAUUCUUCCGAACGGAGUACUCAAGAUCAUUGAUCGUAAGAAGAACCUGAUCAAACUCUCUCAAGGAGAAUAUGUUGCUCUGGAGCAUUUGGAAAACAUCUACGGACAAAACCCUCUGGUCCAAGAUAUAUGGGUUUAUGGAGAUAGCUUCAAAUCUAUGCUUGUCGCGGUGAUUGUUCCAAAUCCAGAAACCGUAAACCGGUGGGCUAAAGACCUCGGUUUUACUAACGCAUUUGAAGAACUCUGUUCUCUCUCGGAGCUACAAGAACACAUGAUCUCAGAAUUGAAGUCCACGGCAGAGAAGAACAUGCUACGCAAAUUCGAGUACAUCAAAGCGGUGACGGUGGAGACGAAACCUUUUGAUAUAGAAAGAGACUUGGUGACUGCAACGUUGAAGAAUAAGAGGAACAGUCUUCUCAAAUAUUAUAAGGUAUUUAUCGACGAAAUGUACCGAAAAUUGGCGUCAAAGAGAAGCUGA